AUGGGUCGACUUGCUUGGUACGCUGGGGUCUCUACGGCCCUAGCAGCAGGUGUCGUCGUUUCUGCCUUCAAUCAGCGACCGAAUUUCUACUCGGCAUGCGUUUAUUUAUCACAGAGUAAUUUGUGCUUGAUGAUACUCAUCAACUUGAUCCUCUUCAUCUACGGCAGCUUCAUGUAUGGCCUCCAACGGCUCUGUUACGGAUCACUCCGGCCUAUCGAAAUUGAACAGCUAUACGAGAAAGCAUGGUUCGCGAUCACGGAAACCUGCCUGGCUAUGACAAUAUUUAGGGAGGAAGUUGGCGCUUGGUUCCUGGUUAUGUUUGUUGGCCUUUUGACAGGCAAAGUCUGGGGGUGGAUUGGCGAUGGAAGGGUUGAAGUUCUGGAACAACAGCCGCCUGCGAAUCCACGCCUAUUCCACAUUCGACUCACCAUUUCCCUUACCAUGUCGAUCAUAUACGACUUGUUCUUGAUGAAGUAUACUAUUAACACGGUCAUUCAGCAAGCACGACCGAAUAUGAUGGUCAUGUUCCUCUUCGAGUUUGCCGUCCUGACCACCUGCUCUUUUGCAACGUGGUUCCGGUAUUGCAUAUCUUUGAUCGAGACCAAUGUCGUCAAGAAGCAAACGAAAGAAAGGCUUGCCGAGCGACGGAGAGAGGUCCGGGAGGAGCGGGCCGAGGCUAUAAGGCAGAGAGAGGCAGCAGCAGCGAGUGGUGAAGAAAAUGAUGCGGCUCAAUCGAACACGCCCCUUCCCUCAGAAGAUGACGUGGAUGAGAUGGAUAUAGAGGUUCCCGGUUGGGAGGCAAAGGGUCAAUGGGUCCUGACCCUUGAUCUAAUUUCAGAUUUCAUCAAACUUGGCAUAUAUGUCACGUUCUUCGUGAUCCUCUUUAUGUUCUACGGUCUUCCAAUUCAUAUCGUCCGCGAUCUAUUCCUAACGGCUCGUUCAUUCACCAAACGACUGGCAGCAUUCCUUCGUUAUCGUCGUGCAACACAAGAUAUGAACAAGAGAUAUGAAGAUGCCACCGUGGAAGAUAUCCAAAGGGAAGAUACAUGCAUCAUCUGCCGCGAGGAGAUGAGGCCUUGGUCUGUCACAAACCCCCAAACACCCCCCCCAGCACCACGAGAACCAGGAGCUGCUCCUCCGACACGAGCCCCAAGCAGCGUUAAUGAAAGAUCGAGGCCGAAGAAAUUGCCCUGUGGCCAUAUUCUCCACCUGGGCUGUCUCAAGAGUUGGUUGGAACGUCAGCAGGUAUGCCCUACUUGUAGAGCACCUGUUGUAGAUAACCCACAGGCUCAGCCAGCACGGGGACCGGGAAACGAUGCAAAUCCAGCCGUCCAGGGCGCUCCACCACCAGCGGGACAGCAGGAUGGUCCAGCACCACCACCCGCAGCUGCGGCCAGGCCCGCUGGACGUGGGAUGAGAAUGCUCAAUUUUGGGCCCCUCAGAGUUGGGUUUGGCCAAGCCAAUCUUGAGGAUCUUGCUCAAGGCAUCGCUCCUCAACCGAACCAGGCGAAUGCUGUAGCUGGUGGUGCAAGAGUAUACGGAUUGGAAUUGGGGUUUCCACGGCGCGUCCAGGCCCAGCCACAAGCGCCCGGGGCAGCUAGUCAGACUGGAACGGCGACAACGUUACAGGAUCAGAUCCAGCAUAUAGAACAGCAAAUCGUGGCUGAAAUUCGCACUCUCCAACUAACACAACAAGAACUCCAAUUGGUACAGUUGUUGCACAUCGAGCUAGCAAGACUUCGGGCUCUGCGCAAUGGAGGGCUUGAUGCAUCAACGGCAAAUUUCCAAAUGCCACAAAUGCCACAAAUGGCGCCCUUGGUGACAAGGCCGGCGACACAGAACACGCCGUUUCCGACAACAGUGCCUCAAAUGAUGCAACGACACGGAGUCCGUCCAAACACGGCGGCAAUCCCCUCAGGCAGUGCUGACCUCCCGCCUGGCGUGAUGAUACCUGAAGGCUGGUCGCUUCUGCCACUGCAGAGGUUGGAUGGGCUUGGCACGACACCAGCAAACGAACCGCAACCACCUGCCCCUUUUACCGGGCGUGGAGCAAAUUCAGGAUCCGCCCCCACAGCCACCACUCAACCUGAUACUAUCAGCCCUAUGAGCAGAGCUUCUAAUAAUAAUCUGACACCGACAGCAACGCUAAAUCCCGAACAUCAACCGCAAACAUCAUCUGUUGAUUCGCCCGAUACCAACGCCAUUCCUACUCCGCCGUCGGUAGCUGCCGACCAAUCCUCGUCUAGCACUGGGUCAAGGACCACGGUACCCAGCAGCACCUUAAGCAAUACACCUGCAUCCAUCGCAUCAAGUGAUGCAAACCAGAAUCCUUCACUGUUCCCCACCUGGGGAUCAUCUCAACUAUUUUCGGGGCCAAGUCUCACUCCGGGCAAUGCAAUGACCACUCCGGCCUCGUCGGCAUUGGCACCGCCCCCAAGUUCUCACGAUGCUCAGGGGGGACAUGUGGCCAUUGAUGGACGUGCAGAUGCGCAUGGCGAUGCUGCAACCGCUACAAGCAAUGGACAACAGCAGGGCAGCAAGUCUGCCUCGUCGGAGGCACGGGAGGCGGGUUCCAGCGUUGAGAGUGAAGAGCCGCGGCUGGAAAAAGGGAAAUCCCGGGCUGCAACGGUAGAGGACAGCGUUGAUGAGGCCGAAGGUUCGUGA